AAUUGAUCUGAUUGGUGAUGUGUACUAGCAGUUAAAAUACUUACUAAAUUUACAAUAAAUAUUUUGAAAUUCUCGAAACGCAGCACUGUGCAUUUAUUAAAAGAACACAAUGAACUACAAUCCAAAUGCUGGGAUCCGGAAUCCUCAAGGACCAUCCCGCAAGCCUAAGCGUGUGAGUGACAUAAACGCAAUGGGCCCCGCACCACCAAUGAACGCACCGCUGGCUUAUAUGCAGCCAAAUGUUGGCGCACCCAUGCCAGAUCCCACAGCAGCAGUGAAUGUAGGUUAUGGUAUGGCGCCUCAACCAGCGCCCACUAGCAUUGGUGGUUUCAACACUGGACCGGCACCAGUGCAAAAUCAAAGUUACAGCUAUGCUGCGCCACCAACUUCGCAGCCAACAGCAUUUGCUGCAGCGCCACCAGCACAGCCACAGUAUGGUGGUAAUAUGUCAAUGGGUGGUGCAGCAGGUAUGGGUGCACCGGGUCAAUUUCAAACAGGUGUGCCACCACAGUUCGCUAUGUUCCAGCAGCCAAUUGUGCAAGAUAUGGCUAUGCAAUAUGGUCAGCGUUUGGCCGAUCAAGGCAAACAGUUGGUGGAGAAUCAAUUUGAAAAGUGGGUAUCCGUUGCCAAAUUGAAGUACUAUUUCGCUGUGGACAACAAAUACGUUAUAAAUAAAUUACGUUUACUGCUCUUCCCAUUCACACAUAAGGACUGGUCACUGAAGUAUGAUCAAGAGAAUCCCGUACAGCCACGCUACGACAUCAAUGCACCCGAUCUCUACAUACCCACAAUGGCCUACAUAACGUAUGUGGUGGUAGCUGGUCUCAUGUUGGGCCUGCAGAAUCGCUUCUCACCCGAACAACUCGGCAUACAAGCGUCCAGCGCUUUGGCUUACAGCAUCUUCGAAUUGGUUGUCUACUCGAUCACACUGUAUGUGGUGAAUAUAAAAACAAGUCUGAAAACAUUGGAUUUACUCUCAUUCGCCGGUUACAAAUUCGUCAUAAUAGUAACGUGCUUGCUGGUUAGCACACUAUUCCAUGGCGUUGGCUAUUACGUGGCAUUGCUUUACACAAGUCUUACGCUGGGCUUCUUUCUGUUACGCACAUUAAAGACUAAAGUACUGCACGAUGCUGCACCAGUCAGCAGCGGCGCUAUCAACUAUGAUCCAUACGGCAAUCCACAGCAACUCGAUUACACCGGCGGUCGUAAGCGUAAACUGUAUUUUCUCUUUCUCAUUGUCGGCGGCCAAGCGUUCUUAUCAUUUCUGCUGUCGAAACACUUGUACUUUCCGGAUGCUGCAGCACUAGCGGUUAAAAAUGAGCAAUUUUAAUGCUUAAGCGUGCUUAUUUCAGUAUGACCAGUGUGUGUACUUUUAUAACGAAUUGUGUUUUGUUGUAAGCUGCUUUAAGGAAGGAAAAAAACUAUGAAUUUUCGUAUAAAUUAUAUGUGUAACUAAAAACAAGAAAAAAAACUAUUCUAAUUUUGUUUAACAAAGUUAACCUAAAAAGUAGCCUGAAUUGGAGGUGAAAGUAAACAUAGUGGAAACUUUUCAACGAAGCGGUUUGAACAAGCGAUAUUGAUAGUUUUAUAAAAACAAAUAAAGAAAUCGGCUUUUCGGCACUAUUGUGACAAACAAAAAUAGAGAUUACUAAUUAGAAUGCUUUGUCAUACGAAUAUACAUACAUACAUACAUACAAACAAAUAUUAAAUUCGAUUCCAUACUCUAAGCAUAUUUUUGUUAGCGAAUGACUAAAAUAAAAAUAAAAAAAUAACGAAAGAAAAAACA